CCAUUCAUUUUAUCAAAAAAAAAAAAAAAAACGUACCAUUCAUAGAAAGGAAAUCAUGUAAACCAGUGCGCAUCUCCAUAGCGACAUACAAUUCAAGCAACGGAUAGAAAAGUGAAAUUCAUUGGCUACGAGUAAUUAUAGAGAUGGCCAUCUCUCCCCUCUCCAACUCAGACUCUCUGCAUGCCCAUACUCCGCUUGUGCAAAGCACCGUCGACUUCGCCGUCGACUACCAUGGCAAUCCCGCCCUUAAAGCCUGCUCCGGUGGUUGGAGGUCCGCAUACUUCCUCAUCGGUGUGGAAGUCGCGGAGAGGUUUGCGUAUUUUGGGAUAAGUUGUAACCUUAUAACCUAUUUGACGGGGCCACUAGGCCAGUCCACUGCCACUGCGGCCGAGAACGUGAACGCGUGGUCAGGCACGGCGCAGCUGCUCCCUUUACUGGGUGCAUUUUUGGCCGAUUCUAUUCUGGGGCGCUACCGCACCAUUAUUAUUGCUUCGGUCAUCUACAUCUUGGGGCUAGGCUUGUUGACUCUGUCAGCUGGGUUGGUUAGUACAGAAAGUCAUGGAAGAGGCAGGCCUAUGCUUCCUUCUCUCAGCAAUUCAGAUUACACAGACCCAACCAAAAGAAUGUCAUCUUCUCCUCAGCUUUUAGAGAUAUUAUUCUUGUUCUCUCUAUAUCUAGUAGCUGUUGGGCAAGGAGGACAGAAGCCCUGCGUUCAGGCAUUUGGAGCUGAUCAGUUCGAUGGAGCAGAUCCGAAGGAGUCCAAAGCCAAAAGCUCAUUCUUUAAUUGGUGGUUUUUCGCUGUAUGUUCGGGUGCCGUUUUAACAGUUUUAGUCUCGAGUUACAUACAAGACAACCUUAGCUGGAGUCUUGGAUUCGGAGCCCUGUGCAUUAUCAUGAUCGCUGGACUGUGUCUCUUCUUGUUUGGAACCAGGACUUAUCGGUACAGUGUAAGAAGGGAAGAAAAAAGCCCAUUUCUGAGAAUUGGCGGGGUCUUUGUUACUGCACUUAUAAAUUGGCGGAAGACCUCCCUGCCAAUAGCUAUUGAUCAAGAGGAAGCUCACGGAACCUUGCAGCAUCAUAGCUCUCAAAAAUUCAGGUUCCUCAACAAAGCCUUGCUGUUCCGAGCUGGUUUGGAAGGCGGUGGUGGAAAGGUUUAUACCGUGCAUGAUGUUGAAGAAGCAAAGGCAGCUCUUAGUCUUAUUCCUAUAUGGGGAACGAGCUUGGUGUAUGCUAUUGUAUAUGCGCAGUGCUCAACUUUCUUUACCAAGCAAGGGGCUACUAUGGACAGAACAAUAUUUCCUGGUUUUGAGAUGCCAGCGGCUUCACUACAAUCCUUAAUCGGCUUGGCCAUUGUACUUAUUAUUCCCAUAUAUGACCGCAUUUUUGUUCCAGUAGCAAGAAAUUUCACCAGGAAACCCUCUGGCAUCACGAUGCUGCAGAGAAUUGGAACUGGGAUGCUUUUAUCUGUUAUUUGCAUGGUAGUUGCUGCUCUGGUUGAAAAGAAAAGGCUUGAAACUGCUCGAGAGUAUGGGCUGGUCGAUAUGCCAAACGUGACUAUACCGAUGGGUAUAUUGUGGUUGGUUCCUCAGUACGUGUUGUCUGGAAUUGCUGAUGUAUUCGCCUUGGUUGGUCUGCAAGAGUUCUUCUAUGAUCAGGUCCCAAUUGAAUUGAGGAGUGUCGGUGUGGCCCUCUACCUCAGUAUUCUUGGCGUGGGCAGCUUUUUAAGCAGCUUUCUUGUCUCUGUCAUUGAGGCAGCAACUGGCGGCAUUGAUGGCCAAGCUAGUUGGUUCGCUGAUAAUCUUAACAAGGCGCAUCUCGAUUACUUUUAUUGGUUACUCGCUGGACUCAGUGCAGCUGCAUUUACUGCCUUUCUGUUUUUUUCAAAAUCUUACAUUUACGUUGGGUCUAGCAGCAGAAUGUAAAGUGCAAUUAUUAUUCUUAUCAUAAUGAUUAUUAUUAUUAUUAUUGGUGUAA